AUGACAUUUGUAUCCCAAAUCGAGCUAAAUAAUGAUCUAUGCACUUCUCAAAUUAGUAAACAUGAUAUUGACAAUGUAAAUGUCGAUUUAACCCAAGUAGGAAACCCAUAUGAAUACAUCAGAUUUAAAAUUUGUGGGAAAGUCAAUGGAAAAGAAGUUGUUCUUACUCCCCAUGGAGGCUGGUACAUUAUGAAUCUUAAAACUUCACAAUUAUUUGAAUGCAUCGCAGCAAGUUAUAAUUGUGAAUAUAUUUAUUUAAAAAUGGACAGAAAAAUGCUUCCAGGAGGUACCUGGGUUUCAGAUGCAUCUAGAAGAAGUAUCAAAUAUAACAAUAUGGAUUCAGGUUUUUAUAUGAAUUAUUUUCAAAGUAAAUUCGAUGAUGAAGAGCUUAAAUUCAAGAUUUUAACAUUCGAAAAACAAUUUAAACGCCUAGUUGAAAGCAAUUCUCUUCAACAGAAAUUUCAAAAUUUUCUUUGGUCCACAAAAAUGGAAACAACAGAUGAGAUCCUCGAAUACUUAGAAUUUAUAGUUCAUGAAAGCAUUUACAAAUUCAAAUAUGUUUUAAAUGGCCAAAACGUUAGAAUUUCUACAAUUUAUGAAAAUCUUUUGAAUAGAAUAUUCGGCUUGUCGAACUUAUCUUACAUAAUAAAAUCAGAUGUGGGAUCAGCUUACGAAAAUACCGAAUCAGGUUCAAUAACUGAAUGUACUUAUUCACUUAGACAAUUUUCAAAUGGUUUCGCAAAAUAUAUUCCACUAUACAAAGAGAAGCUUAAUGAUACAAUUCAAGAAACUAAAAACUUAAUUCUUUUGAAUAGAAACGAGAAAAACUACGUCAACCAGUUCCUAGGAAGGAUUUAUACAUUAGAUAAAGCCAAUAGACUUAUGAAAGUCAAAAAGAAACGAAACGCAUCUGCACAUCAUAGUAAUUACAAUUAA